UCAGGCGCUGUGCCCGUGUCCGCUCCAGCUGAGGCUCUGUGCUGAGAGGACGCUCAAACGCGGCCUCACCACAAACUCGAGCCCUUGCGCCCGUGACCGGAUCCACCGGAUGCAAAAAAGUACAGACAGAAAGAGGAAACGACCCCUCCUCCCUCGGCGCUCUGCAAAGCGCGACAGCACAGGAGCAGCACCAAUACAACUUGUCAUUUGACCAGCACGGCCACUGCUCUCGUGGUAUGACUUUACUUGCGCAGUUCUUUUUCAUUAGUUUGUUUUUAAAUAGUCAAUUUUCCAAACGUUUUAGAGGAUCGUAUUCAACGUGUUCACUACCAGAUCAAUUUUGCAGCAUUGGUUCGUGUAUUUUUGCACAUCUUUUAUUGCAUUUUACUGCUGUUCCGUUUAUUAUGGACACUUCUGGUGUGACAGUCCCUCCCACCACCGCGCACGGGGAAUAAUCUGCACAACACUUUGAACUCUGCUGCCAUGGAACACACGGAUAAAAGUAUUUCUACAAAGCGCUAAAGCUACACUCUUCAAAGCGUACUUGUCCUAUUGGUAGAUUCUCCAGUAAGUUUGCCUCGCCUCUUGAAGUGCUCCAGGUGUCCAUAUCUGCGGCCCAUCUGCCCAGAGGAUGUCCAGGCAGCUCGCGCAGCUCCCCCCCACGCCAGACCUCCCCGCUGGUGCAAGCCCGCAGUUUGGAAGUUGUUCUCAACCUGCAGGUGGCCAGCUCAACUCCAUGGCAGGACUCAAAUCUCUCUUGCAACACCCCAUGAAGGGAGACCAGCGCAUCAAGACCCCAUGUGACUCGAAGGAUAAAGACAGAUCACUGGAAUUGGAUGUGGAUUCGUUGUGCAGUAUGAGGAGUGGAAGUGGACUAUCUGGCAGUAAUAACAACAGUAAUAGCUGUGGAGGAGGUGGAGGAGGAGGUGGAAAUUUCAACCAGUUCUUGGGGCCUCUCUUGUGGGAUCGCACGCUGCCUGCCGAUGGGGGCCUCUUUCAGCUUCAGUACAUGGACUUAGAGGAGUUUUUGACCGAAAACGGGAUGGGGAGCGGGCACAGCAACAACAAUAGCUCCAGUGCUGCUCAAAUACCAUCGCAAAGUCCCCAAUCAGCUGUGCCCAAUCAGAGUUCCCAGUGCCUACCGCCCUCCUCCCCUCCUUGCUCCACGUCCUCCUCACCCUCAUCUCACCCCUCGUCUUCACCCUCUCUCAUCGGCCUGGAAGUCGCCCAAGGUGUCACCGGAGGAAGCGGCGACUGUUUGCAUGGGAGCCAGUCCAGUAUUGGUGAAUCGUGUGAGUCCCCCUCCUCCUCCUCUUCCUCCUCAUGCCCCCCUCUCCUGACGCCCACGGGGAGCGGGCCGGAUGUGAUGGGGAUGUUCGACAUGGAGGGCUCAGAGAUGGACAUGUCCGAAGGCUCACAGCAGUCCUUUGACCCACGGAGGCAUUCGUUCAGCGAAGAGGAGCUUAAGCCACAGCCGAUGAUCAAGAAGGCCCGCAAGAUCUUGGUGCCAGAUAACCUAAAGGAUGAGAAGUACUGGACCAGGCGAUACAAAAACAACGAAGCGGCCAAGCGUUCCCGAGAUGCCCGGCGCCUGAAAGAGAAUCAGAUAUCUGUGCGUGCCGCGUACCUGGAGAGGGAAAACGCCGCGCUCAGACAAGAGGUGGCAGAGAUGCGGAAAGAGCUCGGCCGCUGCCGCAACAUCCUCAGCAAAUACGAGAACCGCCUGGCCGACCAGUGAGAGGUGCUACAACAGGAGCAGGAACAAGCUUGAUUCAGUCUGGAACAUUAUACUUUGGUGAAUCAAUGGACUAAUAAAUGAGGGGAUGAUGAUGAUGAAGAUGUUGAAUGUAUCAGAGGAGAUCAUUUAUUGAAGCUCAGGUGUCUUGUUUUGUCAACUCUUAAAAACGCAAACAGAUAGAAAGAAUAAUUUAACCGGUGAAAGAUGUGACUUUUAAGAGUUUUGUUAUUGGAAAAUGUAUAUUUUUAUAAUACUUCAGAAUAAUUAGCGGGAGAGCCAAUUUGAAGAGUAAUUUUGUAUAUUUUCUACAUGACGGGGGCAUAGUGAGGGAUAUACUACGGUAAAUAUCUUUUAGUAUAGUUGAUUCAGGAGCUGAUUAGCCAUGGAGUGUAUUUUGGAACAUUCUUUGUGAGUCAGAAGGCUACGGCAGGGUUGAGGAUGCAAUUAACAUUUGUAAUAUAGACAGCAAAAUGAUGUUUAAACUGUUUAGAUGCACAUUUUGUUGAUUUGACGUAAGCACUUAACUUUUCUUGCUCCUUUCCUGUCAUCUGGAUUGAGUGUGUUUUGGCAAGGGGAGAUGUUGUGUGUACAAUCCAACACUAUUAUAUUAUUAGAUUGACCAGUCAGUGUUUUUGUCAUUAAAUUUUAACCACCAACUCAUAACAACAUUUACAAAUAAUUUUAUUCAAGAGUGGUACAUUUUAAAUCCAAUAUUACUUAUAAUUCUUGUAUCUCAAACAUAAAACCUGUUGAGAUUCCCCUGAUUUUAGUCCAUAUACAAUUUUCAGUUUCUUGAUGCUCUUUCCCCAUUGUUUUUUUGGUUUAAGGGUUUGUCAGUGUUGUAUCAAUUUCUGCAAUCCUGAUUUUCCAUUUACGGAUUUUUACUGUUUUAAUUAUCUACAUGAGAUUGAAUAUUGUGUGUAUUUUGGGCCUACUCUUUCUGUAUAUUUAUAUUCCAAGACCUGGGUUUAUUCUUCCCGGCGACUGGAAUAGACUUCAAUUCUCAAAUUCCUGUGAGAGACUAAAGCCAAAAGUUCCUAUACUAUUGUUCCACAGCUUGUUGCUACCUAUAAAGCUAUUUUUUCAGUACAUUGUAAUUGAUAUAUACUUUAUACUGUAUGUAUAAGCUUGACCUGCACAGGGCCUGGUACACUAUGUCAUGUUCAGUGGGAGGGAUGUGUGAUUUGAAUCCCUAUGUUGAACAAUUACUGCUAAUAUCAUUGUUAUGGUUAAUUAAGUUCCCUUUUAAAUGUUGCUAUUCUGUAUUAGCCUUUUCUUUCUUAGGAUUGCAAACCAGAUCUGCAGAAAGACUUUAAAUGGGAAAGUUCAUAUUCUUUGGUGUAUUCCUAACGUAACUUACCUAAACAUUCAGUACUUUGCCACCCAGGAUGGUGACACACGUGGCACUAGUUUGAGACUUUCGUUGGUCGUGUAUGGAGUAUGCACGUGCACACUAUCAGAUUUGUUUUCCCUCAGCCCUCAUCCAGUGAUCGUUGGCCCCCCCUGCAGGAUCCAGCCUCUCAUGUCCUCACAGAUGUGGUUGAUGAUGACUCUUGUUGUGAUCUCUAAUUGAACUACAACUGUCCUGCUGUAUCAGUGGUGUCAGUGGUGCCCAGUCCGUGUAAUACUGGGCAUCUGGAUGUAGUUCAGAUUUUCCCUAAAAACACCAAUAAAAGAUUGUUCUCAUUCA